UAGGAUGGGCCCUUCUCGACAGCGGUAUAUUGUACCAUGUCUACAGCGCAAUUGUAAAAGCAACUGUAGCUUUUCUAAUUUGUUGCGAAGUUUGGCAAUUGCUCAGUGAGUCAAGCAACUUGGAUGGUAUCAUUGAAAACGUGAACGUUACUCUGAUGCACUUCAUUGCUCUUUAUAGAUACAAAAAUAUGCGCGAAAACAAAGCAAUUUACAAGAGAUUAGCUUCAGCUAUGGAAUCCCCCUAUUUUGAUACAUCUACACCCAAACGCAAGGCGUUGGUCAAUUUUUGGGCAUCCAGAAACGAAAAAUUUCUAAAACUGCUUCUAGCCUUGGGUUCCUGCACUUUGGGGGCUUGGAACAGUUAUCCAUUGGUCGACGACAUUGACUACAACCUCAUGGUGUCAGCUCGAUUUCCAUUUCAUUACCAGACACCCAUACGGUUCCCCAUAUGUUACGUGACAGUAUUGAUAGUGUUUAACUACGCCUCCCUGUUCGUGAUGGUCAACGAUCUGGUCAUGCAAGCUCAUCUCAUGCAUCUUCUGUGUCAGUAUACCGUGCUGUCGGAUUGCUUUGAGGGCAUUAUUGUUGAUUGUAUGGAUGAUAAAAAUCCAAUGAACCUAAAGAAAUUGGUGAUUACGGAUUCUUUCCAAGAAAUAUAUUUGAAGCGACUCAGAAACUUGGUGGAACAACACAAAUUAAUUUUAAAUAACACAAUGGAUCUAAAGCACUCGCUCAGUGCACCGAUGCUCGGUCAACUGGCGGCGAGCGGUAUGCUUAUAUGUUUCGUCGGCUACCAAGCUACCACAACUGCUGGUCCUAAUAAAGUAAAAUUUUUCAUGAGUCUCUUGUAUUUAAUGUACAAUCUCUUCGAACUGUUUAUAUUUUGCAAAUGGUGCGAUGAAAUCAAGUUACAGAGUGAGAACAUCGGCAAGUCGCUGUACUGUUCCGGCUGGGAGCUCGGCCUAGCCAACGCACCAGGAGUGCGCGCCAGCCUGCUCAUCAUAGCCAGCCGAGCGCGCCGGCCGCUCGUGCUGACUGCGGGCGGCUUGUUUGACCUCUCUCUGGCGUCAUAUACCACUUUAAUUAAAACAUCUUACUCUGCAAUCACCGUGUUACGAAGAUUUCAACAGAAUUAAAAAUAAUUUAGGCAACUUUACCAUAGGCUAUUUUGAUUAGAAUCUUACUGAGCUUUAGGGUGAUUAUUAAAACCAUAAUAAAGAAUUGAUAACCGUUAAUAUUUUCUCAAUUAU